GAACGCUGCAGAAAGUGCUUUCAUGACAAUCAAAACAAACUGACGCUUACGUGAUUUUUAAGGGAUUUUUCAUUGGGAUAAACUGAUGUAAUUGGGCCUUGAGGAUGACUGCACACGUCAUGUGCUUAACUUCCUCGGGGGGAAUCCCUUUAUUCUCGAGGAAAAAGGGAGAAGGCAGUGUUAUGACAUUCUCGAAGAUGGCAUCCCUCAGCGGCAUCCACAUGUUCCUAAAAUCCCAAGACAUAAAGCUAAAAACCACAGAGAUGCCGGACACAACUGUCGUCUGGAAGGAAUUCGCCGAGUCGAUUACUCUCAUCGCAAUUGCCAGUGGCACGACCAAGAGUGUUCUCGAGAAGUUCAUUGAUGCCGUCUUCAAUGCUAUGAUCCUCGUGGCUGGGAUCGACGAGAUAAAGAACUCGAGGAAUGUCGAGAGGCUGAAGAAGGAGCUGAGGAAUUGUAAUAACAUCAUUGAUAAGUUGUUGGAUUGCUUGGAUAUUGGCAACAGGAGCUGCAGUGAGAUCGACUUGGUGACGAUGUCGAGCAGUAUAUUGUGUCCUGAGAAUCAUUUUCUUCAUAGUAGUCUAGAGAUGUUGAUGGAGUAUCUAGAGUCCACUUAUGGCUGCAUUCUGAUUCAUGGCUGCAUGGCAGUGGGCACAGACAGCUGGCUCCAGCUAGACCCCAUCGAGAAGAAAUUACUGAUGAUGGCAGCCUCGAUGGACAGCACCUGCUCCACCUGUGAUCUUCCAGUAUUUCUCCCCAAGAUGAGCCCCAACGUCGCAUUCAGACUGAUAUCAGUAACUCUGAUAAGAGGAAUUCAAGUCCUAGCCCUCUGUGGGCCUCGUCCAGACUUGAUCGAAGUGGAGAAAACUGUUAUCCAACACUGGAGGAAUAACGUGGACACUCUGAGAGCUGCUGAGCAGGCGUAUCCUCAGUGUUAUCCAGCUGAUCUGUCCUUGGAUCCAUCAAUUCUAGGAUUUCUACUAGUAGACUGCAACAUUGGAAAAUUCGUCAUGGGAAGAAACUCGAACAUGCAGUCGACGAACCAACAAAUGGGCACUCAGAGACUCGACAUUCUCAAGACAUUUUAUUAUCAGGCGGUGGAGCCAUUCCUAUUCUCCCAAAAAACUGAAACCCCAGUUGGAGAGAAAAAUCCAAGUGAUCGUAAAGUGAUUCAUGCCAGGGAGACUUACUGGUGUUCAGAGUACCACAAGUGUCACGCUUUCAGGGAGAAGGACAAUAUUCUGUGCAUUUUGUACCCUUACUCCGUACCGAAUUACACGAUAAGACUAAUAACUCGAAAGACAUUGAAAAUACUCAUUUCUGACAAGCAAACCUGCUGGUGAAACACGCAUUAUUAAUUGAGUAUUAUUCAGUCAUCAACAAUUACUUUUUACAACGGAAGUUUUUUACAUUUUAUACGAAACUCAACUGGUGCUAAUGAAAAAAUAAUACAAGUGAAAGAGCGAUUGCGUAAAUCUGUGGAAAUCGAGUGUGAUUUGAUCUUUUAAUUAUUAAAUUCUGAAAUUUUCUACAUACUAUUCAAUUAAA